GCGACAAACGUAAAAUGCGGUCUCUGUCGUAAACUACUGGUAUACGUCUGAAAAACAACAAAAACUGGCUGGAUUUUAAGUUGUUAUAUUUGCUGUGACAUCGACGUUUAUCGAGGCAAUGGCCGCAUCUUCUUCGUCCUCUUCUGCGGGAGGAGUGAGCGGCAGCUCCGUGACUGGCUCUGGGUUCAGUGCUUCCGAGCUCAUCCCACCAAGGAAAGUCCUCUAUACGUAUCCAAAAGGCGCAGGGGAAAUGAUGGAAGAUGGCUCUGACAGAUUUUUAUGCGAGUCUGUAUUCAGCUACCAAGUGGCCUCAACACUGAAACAGGUUAAACAUGAUCAGCAAGUGUCUCGAAUGGAGAAACUCGCGAGCUUGGUGGAGGAGCUAGAAGCAGACGAGUGGCGGUAUAAACCUAUUGAACAGCUAUUGGGAUUCACACCAUCUUAAAUAAAGAGAUUCAGAUGUCUUUUGCUUAUUUAAUCAGCCAAAUAGAAGGAAAAUGUAACCUUUUUCAAGUUACACAUGAUAUUCCUUCUGUAUUCUGUAUCAUAAGUUUAAAAGUGUUAUCUGGAGAUCCCAAAUGUGAGAUGUGUUAUUUUAUCACUUCUAUAUGAUUGUUUUAUUUUUAAACCACUUAUUACAUUAAACCCAGCAUACUAAAUAAAAUCUUGUCAACAACAUUCUUAUAACUACACAAUUCACAAGUUAACAGAUUUUCCAUCUGCCUUAGGCUGUUCAAGAUGAUUCUCUCAUUGGAAUUAGCCUUCAUGUUAAUGUAAAUACUACAUUUGGUAUUAAAUCCCUGGAAGAGAAGCAUUGUGUUUCCAAAUGGCUCCAAUGUAACUUAUAAACAUAAAGCCUGCUGCACUGUUGGUCUCUUCUCCUUUCUGUGUAUGUCCUUACUCCACCAGCAAUUGGAACAAAACAAAGAGAGCUUGUAAAUAAAAUCAGACUUGGGACAUUCUU